AUUAAGCCCACGUAAGUAUGCUGGUGCCCGGGAAUGUACGCCAGCUAACCCAUGCAGGGAACGUCAACUCGACCUUACGGUGCUCCGACGCGUGCAGGACGUUGACCUGCAUGGGGUGUGGCAACCAGUUUCUAGGCCGCAUUACCGGCGUGGUCUACAUCGACACCGACGCGUAUAGUUGGUGCUGCGACCUUGGCCGCCUCUAUUUGAUAUGGCUGGCGCUGUGUCGAUUCGAUCAGGAAUACGCGCUCCGCCAGCGCAAUCAGAAGGCUAAAGAGCGGAUCCGGCGGCAGAAUUUGGCGAUGCAUGGUGGGCUGCGGCAAGGGGCUGGGACCGGAUACGAGGGGUCUCCCAGCUCCAACGCAAUGUGGAUGAUGGGCAUGUCGAGAUCCGAGGGAACGGUGGUUGAGGAGCAGUUCGACCCAACCGAUGAGAUCGCUGCUCCGAUAAUGGAACUUCUGCUACAGCUUCUCCCAGAUCCUUCGAAAGGACUGAGAGGCGAUUUCGACCGUUCUCCACCCCUAGCACUUCCAGCCAUGUUUCUUACGAGUUUUCUCAUCGACAAGACCGGAGACUUGUUACGGAACGACUCGUUGGAUGACAUUACCGAGAAGCACGACAUGUACAAUGUUAUCUUCGACUUUGUCUCUGCGCUUACCUCGCUCCCCUUGACCAGACCUGUUAUCUUCGUCGAGCGGCUCGAGAAAAAGCCAGGAUAUGGUCUGUUCAACGUGCAUGUCAUGCGCGGAGGCGCCAUUUUUAAGGACCGGGGCAAAAAUGACGAGAAUGUCCUCCAAUCCAUCGACAAGCGGAUGCAAAAUAUCAUUCUGCAAGGCAAUGUCAUCCGAUCGGCAAGUUCGCACUACCGGGACGGGGAAGGCAAGCAGACCCUAGCGAUAUGCCAGAAAAUCGCCACUCUGGCCGACCUUAUGAAAUCGACUGCCACCUCUAGCACGAGCGAUAAGAGCAAGUCGUUGACCCCCGAGCAAGAGUGGUUGAAGUGGCAGCGGGAUAACUGCAUAUUGCCGGUCCGGGACGAAACCAUUCGCGAUAUCCAUUACUACGCCUCCGAAGCUUGGGGUCUCAAGGCCGUGAUGCCCGGGCGGAUGAAGCGGAUCGUCGGAGAGAUCGCCAACUUAAAAACCUCCCUUCCGCCGGGAAUCUUUGUCCGAUAUGCCUCAUCGAGACCCGAUUUCAUGAAAUUCGCCAUCAUUGGGCCUGAGGAUACGCCGUAUGACAGUGGCUUCUUUGAGUUCGACGUUUUCUUCCCGGGAGAUUAUCCACGAACCAAUCCCAUGGUCAUUUUCCGGUCGAACGCUGGAGGCCAUGCGAGCUUCAAUCCGAAUCUUCACGCAGAUGGCAAAGUGUGUCUGUCGCUAUUAGGGACGUUCGCCGGCGAGCCCUGGAACCCCCAAUCCUCCACGUUCCUCCAAGUGCUGGUCUCCAUCCAGAGCAUGAUCUUCAGCGACGACCCCAUCAAGAAUACCCCCUUCCAAGGGAUGCGCGAGACCGGCCGCUACCACGACUACGCCCAUUACGUGACCUGGCUGACGGUGCGCUGGGGCAUUCUCGACCGCCUGCGAAACAUCAAACAACAGUCCGACGGUCUGUGGGCGGACGUCUUCGACCGCCAUUGUCGCGCCGGCGCCGAGCACAUGAUCCGCAAGAUGGCCGCGUGGGCGGCGGAGUAUCCGGGGCUGCCGAACGUGCCCAUGUUCACGGAUCCCCGACGAAACGAAAAUCAACCGGCCGCCAUGGAGAGUAACUGUCGGCAGGCGAUCGAGCUGCUUAAGCAGAAGGGAUAUUUCAAGGGCGCGGUUCCGAACUUGCCCUCCUCGGCGGCCGGUCAGGGGAGAUCGGCGGGACCACGGGGCGGACCAUCUCAUGGAUUCUGGUUCGGCGGUCAAUGGGGUGGGGAAGGUUUCUUGUGAGCUCUUGCGAAAGGUGUUGGUACGAGAUAUGCUGGCCAUGUUAGACAUGGCUAAGGUUGGACGGGUUGUGAGAUUAAUUGUACACAGUUUCUCUUUUAUGGUUCGCUGUAUGAUAAAGAAUAUACCCUCGGUUUUCC